AUGGCGGCAGAGCCGCAGCCGCCACCGGGCGAGAGCGAACAGACGGGCAUGUGCACACCCAGGCGGCCGGCGACUCGGCCGGCGCAACUGAGCCUCGAUGCGCAGCUGUGCAAUGUUUACCUCAUGGCCGUGGUGCGGGACAAGAAGCGGUCGGACGGGGAGAAGCUGGCGCGGUUUCUAUGGGGCGAGGAUGCUGCGGACAUCGUUGAGUCUGAGGCGCUGUUUGUUGACAAUGGGGACGCGAUCGCCUGCGCCUCGCUUGUGGCAUCGCCCGUUAGGGUGCAAGAGCUGGACCCCGGCGGUGAUGAGGCCGUUGAGGAUGGAGAUGACGUUGUCAGCACGUCGGUCUCGCAGGAUGCGGCCAGCGGCUGGCAUUGCGGAAGGACGAGGCGAGCGUCGUGCCCGGCCGGCCGUCCGUCCUUGCUGCAGUGGUCGAGAGUGAUGGUUCCCGACGCGGUCGUUGGUUCGUCCCAGCCCUUUGGACGCGCGUCGGAGCCCAGGACGAGCCUUGGCCGGAGAUGGGGAGCGAUGUGGGUGAACGCCGGGUCAGGCCAUGAUCCCAGCCACGACGACUCCCAUGUCCCGCAGCGGUCUGGGCCGAUGCAACACGGGGGCAACAGCUGUUGCAGCCGCGGCUUCGUGGCUUCGUGGAGCAGCAGCAUCGCCUCGCAUCCCGGGUUCUCUCUCCCCCCUUCUCCCUCUCCUCUCGGGCCUCCUUCCGAAGCGGUUCCCUUCCAGGCCUCUCUCCAAGCAAGCCUCACCUCCACGCCCGACCACGCCCCAGCACAUCCCGAACACAGUCCCGUCAAGCACAGCCGCCAAGAGGGAGUGGUGCCCCAGGUUCUCAGCCUUCACCAACUCCUCGGAGACGGAGGCGGCGAGCCCGACGAGGAGCCGUCGACGCCGGCACCGGCGCCGCCUACUCGCAGCUCGGUUCGUGAGUCUCCGCUGUCUGCGCCUCAGGCGCAGCCUCUCAGCCUGCGACAACUCCUCGGAUACGGAGGUGGCGAGCCAGUCGAAGAGCCCCGGCGCCGUCCCACCAAGCAAAGCCGCCGCCAGGAGGUGGUGGCACCCAAACCCCUCAGCCUUCGCCAGCUCCUCGGAUACGGAGGCGGCGAACCAGACGACGAGCCGCCGUCGCCGUCGCCGCUGUCCCCUGCUCGCAGCCCGAUCCAGGAGUCUUUCGUCCCACGGCCUCUCUCGCAGACGGCGGGCCAGAGCCCCCUGGAGAGCCGGCUGUUGGAGGAGCUCCCCUUUUCCUCUACCGGCGAGCAUGUGGCAAUCAAGGCGCGGGCCAUCUCGCUGCCGCCGCCGCCGGCCCCGGUGGCCGCCAUGUGUGCCAUGCGGGUCAAGCACGGGGCGACGGGCUGGUUUUGA